UAUGCAUUAAUAAGUUAUCAUUGAUUAGUACUAUUGAUUAUUGAUUACUGACAGCAGGGAGGCGGUGGCCGUGAAGGUGGUCAGCAAGAAGAGUCUGAAUAAAAGCUCGAUGGAGAAUCUGCUGACGGAGAUCGAGAUCCUCAAGACGGUCCGGCAUCCUCAUAUAGUGCAGCUCAAAGACUUCCAGUGGGACAGCGAGAACAUCUACCUGAUUCUGGAGUGGUGUUCAGGAGGAGAUCUGUCACGCUUCAUCCGCAGCCGCAGGAUCCUUCCAGAGAGAGUCGCCCGCCGCUGCCUACAGCAGAUCGACUUUGGCUUUGCGCAGUACAUGAGCCCGUGGGAUGAGCAGCAUGCGCUCAGAGGCUCUCCGCUCUACAUGGCUCCAGAGAUCCGCAGUGAGAGACCCGUGGAGCUGCCGGCCGCUGCUGGAGUGUCCCGUGACUGCAGGGAUCUACUCCUCCGUCUCCUGCUCAGAGAUCCUGACAGACGCAUCUGCUUUGAGGAGUUCUUCCUGCAUCCGUUUGUGGAUCUGGAGCACAUGCCCAGCGCAGAGAGCCUGCCCAAGGCCAAAGCACUGGUGCUGCAGGCGGUGCAGAAGGAUCAGGAUGGCGAUCGAUCGGCUGCGUUAUCCCUCUACUGUAGUGCACUUGAACAAUUUGUUCCCGCCAUUCACUAUGAAACUGACAGACAGAGGAAAGAAGCGCUCAGACAAAAGGUGAAUCAAUACGUCUGUCGUGCUGAAGAACUCAAAGCUCUGGUCAGAUCAGACAACAAGAUCAGCUUUGAAGAGGCCAGAUCAGCCAGGAACAUUUUAAUAGAAAUGUCCAGGGAUCAGCCUCGGUUGCUGGCUGCACUGGAAGUGGCGUCCACUGCUGUUGCCCGGGAGGAGAGCGGCGCGGAGGAUUACGACACGCUUGAUUUAUACCAGCAGAGUCUGGGUGAAAUGCUGCUCGCGCUAGCAGCUGAAGCUCAGGGCCGGCGCAGAGAGCUGCUGCACAGUGAGAUCAAGAGUCUGAUGAGUCGAGCUGAAUACCUGAAGGAGCUGAUCAAGAUGCGUGAAACUCAGACGGAUGAAUCUCUGAAGAAAGACGCCGCUGCUGAGUCUGUCAGAUCCUCAUGUUGUUUACAGUGAGCCACGGGUUCUCACCAUGGCAAUGGAUGCAGCACGUCACAUGGCCAGAGAUCUCAGCAUCUGAUUGGAUCCUGUCAGAAUGCACUGUUAAAUCUGAAACAGACCUGAAAGAAGCAGAUUCAUGCUGUAAAACCCACACACACACACACACACACACACACACACACACACACACACACACACACACACACACACACAUACAGGUUUACCGCAAACCUAGCAUGACAGAGGUGUGGCUUUCUCAGUGUUUACUCUGGGCUCACACACACUUCACACACACUUGAGUCUGUACUUGAACACUCGCUGUUAUAAAGGGAGAUUUCAGCAUCCA